AUGGGCGAGGCGGUAAACGGGCUAAAUCUGCAACGGGGAAGCGUGCUAUCCGAUCGCGUCGAUCUACGGCGGCCGUCGGGCAUAAAUCGGCGCGGCCGGCGCAGCGUAAAGCACUCGGUGUCCUACAAGGAUGCCCACUCAGAGCGAGAUAGUGGGACACCGGCCUUAUCUCGCCCGGUGACAAAUACCGGCGGGCAUUGUGCGCGAGGGAAUACGGACACCGUCGUAAUCAAAGCCCCGCGCGCUAACAAG